CCUCUGGCAGCAGAGCCGGGGCAGGUGACGGGCUGGCGUCGCAGCUGAGGGAGUGAAGAGGCGCCUGGGCACCGGAGCUGGAAACCCGGCAGAGGUCCAGUCAGAGUCCAAGAGCCGGAACUACCCCUCAACCUGUCAGCCAUGGGGGAGAUGGAACAGCUGCGACAGGAAGCAGAGCAGCUCAAGAAGCAGAUUGCAGAUGCCCGGAAAGCCUGUGCCGACAUGACUCUGGCAGAGCUGGUGUCGGGCCUCGAGGUCGUGGGAAGAGUCCAGAUGCGGACGCGGCGGACGUUAAGGGGACACCUGGCCAAGAUCUAUGCCAUGCACUGGGCCACCGACUCUAAGCUGCUGGUAAGUGCCUCGCAAGACGGGAAGCUGAUCGUGUGGGACACCUAUACCACCAAUAAGGUGCACGCAAUCCCGCUGCGCUCCUCCUGGGUCAUGACCUGUGCCUAUGCCCCAUCUGGGAACUUUGUGGCAUGCGGGGGGCUGGACAACAUGUGCUCCAUCUACAGCCUCAAGUCCCGUGAGGGCAAUGUCAAGGUCAGCCGGGAGCUCUCUGCUCACACAGGUUAUCUCUCCUGCUGCCGCUUCCUGGAUGACAACAACAUCGUGACCAGCUCCGGGGACACCACUUGUGCUCUGUGGGAUAUCGAGACUGGGCAGCAGAAGACCGUAUUUGUGGGGCACACGGGGGACUGCAUGAGUCUGGCUGUCUCUCCUGACUUCAAACUCUUCAUUUCGGGCGCUUGUGACGCCAGCGCCAAGCUCUGGGACGUGCGGGAGGGAACCUGUCGGCAGACUUUCACUGGCCACGAGUCGGACAUCAACGCUAUCUGCUUCUUCCCCAACGGAGAGGCCAUCUGCACAGGCUCGGACGACGCCUCCUGCCGCCUGUUUGACCUGCGUGCAGACCAGGAGCUGACUGCCUACUCCCACGAGAGCAUCAUCUGUGGUAUCACAUCCGUGGCCUUCUCUCUCAGCGGCCGUCUGCUCUUUGCAGGCUACGACGACUUCAAUUGCAAUGUCUGGGACUCCAUGAAGUGCGAGCGUGUGGGCAUCCUUUCUGGCCAUGACAACAGGGUCAGCUGCCUGGGGGUCACAGCUGAUGGGAUGGCUGUGGCCACUGGCUCCUGGGACAGCUUCCUCAAAGUCUGGAACUAAGGAGGCUGGAGGAGGGGAGGUAAAA